UUAUUAACAAAGUGCAAAUUAUAAAAAUAAGUUCUGUCUUAUCUACUAGAAAAUAAAAAUUUAAUAAGCAAAAAUUUUACUUCAAUUAAAUAAUAAAAGUCCUGUUAUCAGCUUAAUUAAAUAAACUAUAAAAAACUUCAAAAAAAGAAUAUUUAGUCGUGUUUGUGCACUCAGUCUUAAGCAUAUUUUUAUAGGAACCGUUUCUAAAUUGAUUUUAUAAAAAAAAGUUUGUUAAAUUUUAUUUUUACUCAUUUAUUAAUUGAUCACCUUCUGUGCCAGUGUGUAUAAAGGUGGAAUUGAAGACUCAUUUAUAAAUAUUUCAUCAUAUUGAACGAAAAACAAAAUAUUAAAUUUUAAACUCAAUUUAAAAACAGUGACAAACAAAGAAGGAUAUAAAAUUCGUCGCAUAACUUAUUAGUGAGAGUUUUCAUAUAAAUUUUUUAAUUUUGUGAGAAUAAAUUUGAAUAAAUUAAAGUCGAAAAUGAAAUUGUUAUUGGGAAUAUUUUUACUUUCUGUAACAACAGCGGUUUAUGGAGAUUUACAUUGUGAAGCUCCGAAUCCAACUUUACCAAAUGCAUGGAUUGACAUGACAUCCGGAUGUAUUACGGCUGUAAGGGAUCAAAUACAAAAAGAAAUUGAUGCUUCUUUUCAAUAUUUAGCUAUGGGAGCCCAUUUCUCUCGUGAUACUGUAAAUCGUCCUGGUUUUGCCGAUUUCUUCUUUGAUUCAGCUAAAGAAGAACGUGAGCAUGCACAACAUUUAAUUGAUUAUUUGACAAUGCGUGGACAAUUAACUGGAGAAAUUAGUUCUUUAAUUAAAAUUCCUACUCAUAUGAAAACUAAAUGGAAUCAUGGUGUUGAUGCAUUAACCGACGCAUUAAAUUUAGAAGCUCAAGUAACAAAAAGCAUUAAGGGUGUCAUUGAAAAAUGUGAAUCCGAUAUUGCAGCUGAUUCUGAAAAUAACAAUAAGAAAAUUAAAGUUAAUGAUUAUCAUCUUGUUGACUAUUUGACUGGCGUCUAUUUAGAAGAGCAACACCAUGGCCAACGUGAGUUAGCUGGCAAACUUUCAACAUUGAGUAAGAUGAUGAAACACCAUGGCGAAAUUGGUGAAUUCUUAUUUGACAAAACCUUGAAAUCAUAAAAAAAUUUUCUCAAGCUAUUAUUAAUAAUUUCGUGAAUAGCUCUUAUGGAUUAUUAAUUAUCAAAAUCAGGAUUAAAAAAUAAACUAUUAAUUUGGUAAAAUUUAAAGUAAAUUAUAUAGAGGUUUGCGGACGAUGUUUAAGUUAAUGGAAUAAUUCUGAUUUAAUAAAAUUUUUUUUUAGUUCUUUUAAAUUUUAAAAUCUGUAAAUUUUUCUUUGUACAUUAUUAAAAAACAUUAAUUUUUUUUUUGAUUUGGAGAUUGCACAAAAUUUUUCAAUAUUAUUUUAAUAAGCAAUAGUAAACGUACAUAAUAUACUUUUCUUAAUAACUAAUUUGAAAAUUUUGUCAACAGUGUAAUGGAAAAUUUAACU